AUGGAUCCUAUCUCAUUUACUGCCAGCCUCUUGACGCUUAUCACUGCCGCUGGCCAGUCUUGCAAGGUUGUAUCCGAAUUCGUCCUCGAUAUUCACGAUGCGCCUAAAGAUAUCUACGCCCAGUCAAUCAAGCUGCAAUGUCUUCAGCAAAGCUUCCAUCACCUCUUGAGCGUAUUCGCAGCCUUGCCACCCGACUUGCAGCUGGACACGGUCUUGCAACAGAACGUGAUCUCCUUCACGCAAGAAAUCGAUCGCUUCACCGCGAAAGUGCAAGGGAUGGGCAUACGGAUGGAUCAAGGAAGAGUGCAGCAUGCCUGGGAGAGAGUCAGAUGGCUCGCCUCAGAUCGUGACUUGAAGAGAUUUAAUCAGUCUCUGGACCACUGGGAUAGGGUCUUUGCAGCCGCUGCGGCUGCUGCGCAACUCUCCAUGUCGAUACGAAUUUUCGAGCACACCGCCAAACUUACCGAGCGUCACACGAUUGCAUCAGGAGAUGCCGCACCUGCUGGACAGGCUUUGGUACGUCCAACACAAGACCCAAGCAGCGUCACAGGUACUCUCCAAGCACCUAGCAGCUUAAUGCCUGGACGCUUAAGCAUGUUCCUCUCAACACUCCGCGACCCAGUCGAUCUAAGGAUUCAGGAGCGCUUCGAAUAUCUUGGGGAUACGAUGACAGCAAUUGUCCAGGGUGGCCCAGUAAUGGUUCGCAGUUGGUCAAACACUGGGCAGGACACUUAUUCUUUGAUGCCAGCGGCAGAAGCCUACGGUCUUGCCGUUGCAUUCCAGAUUACGCGACUGUUACCUGGACGACUGUCCCUCAAGAUACUCGCGAUGUAUUCUACCUCCAGCAUGUUCUCAAUAGAUGUAAAAUGGAGAUUGAACUUUGUGGGACUGCUUCGGUUCAAUAGCUCAGCUUAUCAUGCGGCGGCGACAGGGAAUUGGCUGUUCUUGAGGGACUUGCUGGUUAACAAGGAGAUCAGAAUUACACAUCGAACGAUAUAUGGUGACACCCUGCUACAUAUUGGCACAGAGUAUGGCCAUAUUGAGAUCGUCAGAGAGCUUCUCCUUGCUGGAGCAGAUGUCAAUGCAACUAACGACGAAGGCGAUAUUCCACUGCACACUGCUGUCAAAACGACAUGCAACUACGAAAUCAUUCGACUGCUUCUCAAACAUGGGUCCAACUUACAUCACCAAAACCGCCGAGGCCGUACGCCCCUACACUGCUAUUACAACACGACGCUACAGCAAACCAUAAGAUACUGCCGAGAUGAUAUUGAUAACACGACGCAAGACUACCUUGGCAUGACCGUUGCGCACUAUGCCGCGUACAGCAAAACCUCCACAGCAGAAGAUAUCGCUAUCUGUUUGAAGGAAAUUUCCAAUCCCUUCGCCGCCCGCGACAGCGAUGGCAGGACUGUCCUACAUCUUGCCCUUCAGAGAGGCAACAUCGCCCUCAUAGAAUACAUCCUCGGUAGCCCGCACGCCAAAGACGCGUUACUUUUAUGCGAUUGGUAUGGGCGAACGCCUUUGCACUUCGCGACGACGAGUCCGCGAACUCAAGCCAUUGAUUUUGUGCUAGAUUCCCGUUUUGAUAUUCACUCGUCGGAUCUAUAUGGGCAGACGGCGCUACAUCAUGCGGCUGAUAUAGGAAAUCUGGGAGCAGUGGAGAAGUUGCUUGAGCGGGGUGCAAUGCAGGAUCUGGAGAGGAGGGAUCGGGAAGGAAGGACGCCAUUGAUGGCUGCGCGGUGGAGGGGUAGAAGGGAGGUCGAAGAAUACUUGAGACCGCUGUGUGCUGAUGAGGAUGGGAAUGAGGCUGGAGAAGCUUUAGGGGAGAAGACGGAGAUUUACCGAGGGACAAACGGGUGGCGGGCUCUCCGGAAUCUUGCAAGCUUGCAAAUGCAAUUUGUGCUUUUGCUCGCUGGUUUGGUCAUCUUGUUGGUUUAUGUUGAACUUUACGUCAGUGGGCACGAGGGGUGUCAUAUCGUGGACGUUUGA